CAUAUCCUGAGAAGCUAACCAUUUUGUCGAGGUGGAGGAAAACGGAACGUGAUUUUUGUGUGCCGUCAAUAAAUGUGACCGCUCCCUCCACCAACAUUUAUUGAGAAUGAUUCUAGGCCGCACCGUACCCCACAUACAACCAUAUUCAUAUCGAUUGUUGAUGCCACAAAUUGUCACGUGAUCAUUCACAAAAGUGAAGCAUUGCAUUAAUACAGCCAUUUCUGCGUUCCAAACGAAAUCGUCUGAAACAACGUUAUUUUCACAUCAAACAGACGCUCUCUUCAUUUUUUGUGAAAGUUGGCUGACCAAAAGCAAAAGUGAACGCUUCACUGUUGUACUUGGCAUACUACCUCUACUAUUGCACAACUCCGAUCGCUGUAUCCAGAACAAUUGGAGAUGAGUAACCUUGCUAUCCUUCUCAAUAAUCAAGGGGUCAACUUGCUCACGAAAACCAACAAAGCUCCAUGCGAGGUGGAUACAACAACAAUUGGCAAUAGAUACGCCCAACAUGAUGCACGUAACGACAAUCGAAUGACAGCUACUACGAUAUAUCCUAACGAUUUAGAUCGUGCUACCGCCUUUUUUGAACGAGCUCUGGCUCUGAUAUUGAGGAGUGCUGAAGUUUACAGAAUUGGAGGGGGACUACAAUACUAUGAACCUGAUGGGCAGGGCAUGAUUCAAUUCGAAUGUGACGGCAUUGGGGCCCAACUGAUUGGUGGGCUUAACCUACAAGAUACCGGAGUUCGAAUGAAUGGCAUCGACGAUGAAACUUUUAUUCACUGGAAGGCCGUCAAGAUUGGAAAUGACAACUACGUACUCGAAGAGAAUGCGACUUUCCUUGAUGAUAGCAAGCACGAUGGUAGAGAAUACAAACAUCUGAGUGUAUCCAUUUUUCACUCCAUGAUCUGCAUUUACAACCUGGGUUUGUGCUACCAAUAUAAAGGGAUCCAAACAUCGUCAAGAAGUUUACUAGAAGCAGCCGUCGAUCAUUACAUGCAAGCCUAUGAAUUGGCCACACGUUUCCGGUUGCAACACAUCGAUCAAUACACAUUAUUGAUGACAACCAUGAACAAUUUGGCGACUACCUAUUCCUUUUUGAACGAACCUGAUCGAAAAGACGUCUGCAAUCACUAUCUUCUAUCGACAUUGAUGCUUUUGACAACCUCCGAAGAGGGACAAGAAAAUCACCGCGAAGCCACUCACAGCAAGUGCACACAAAGUCGGGCACGCCAACAUACAUAUCAGAGCUUCAUGUCCAAUGUCAUGUACCUAAUAUCACCCCAAGAAACUUUAGCUCCCGCCGCAUGAAGGAGAAUGCAAAAAUUGUGGCUUUGAACUUAGCAUCCUGUAAAACAUUGUACACAGCGACAGACUUCAUAAAUUUGCUCUAAUAAAACAGAAAUCACCCUGAUGUUCAUUUACAAAAUUCCCGUUGAAGAGGGGCACAAACCUAAGUUUAUUCAAUCAACUAUGCGAGAGGUCAUUCUUACCAACGGAUCUCGUUCACUUCCUGCAAUUUAUUGAACAGUCCCGCACUCGUCCAAUAACUUGUUGGCCGAGGGGCAGUCAUAGUUGACUUGAAGAUCGGCGUUAAGCGCCUACAACAACAUUAAUAUUACUUCACUUGCGGUUGCGGCGUGACCUGACUCAAUCCUUUCUGUGAUAUAUACCUCUGUCUCUUCAUUUCUUGGCUUCGUUCUUCUCUUUCUGACGUUCAAGAAAUAUUGUCUUUCGAGCAAGAGAUCCCUCGGCCCAAUACGUUCCAUUGUUGCGGUCAUGGUCAAAUCGAGCAUAUUCAUGACCAAAGGUCAGGCAGUUAUCAACCGUUACGAAUGGCUUCAUCCUACCACAUGCUUCAUCUAUUUCACAGCAGAAACCUUGCAAACAAAACGACAAAGCGUAAGAUUUCAAGUAAUAUCAGCACGGAGCACCACGAAGCACCAUAAACCGACUGAGCUCCACACAUUUUAAUCGACGAAAGUUACCUGUCGAUCGAUCCCGAUGCGACCGCAAGUACAAAUGACCCAUUUUUGUUCACUUACUGUGACCAUCGACAGUGUAAAACGGAACAAAAAAGUUUUGCCGCGCCGUUGCCAACAACCAUGCGACUUUUCCAAAGCGCGAUCCCAGAUGACCCACAAAGACAUGACCGUGGCUCAGGUGCCACAAAUCUACAACCGCAGUCUCUCCUAGGAUGGGCUGAUUGGCGCUGUUUUCUUCUGCCUCAAUGCUAUCGGCGUUGUAAUCAAAGUAAUGGCGAGAAUAAUUCAAAAAAUGCCAAUGCUCAACGUCGAUUUCCUCCUCCGCACUACUAUCCUUUCUGUCUUUGACCUUUUUAUUCAAAAUCUCGUCGAGCAAAUCCCCGACAUCGUCGGUAGCAAGAUACACGUGAAGAGGUCGUGUUUUGGGCACCAAACGUCGUAUUUGACUGAGGACGUCGACGUAGACAUUCGUUUUGUAGCAUUUUCGAUCGCUCCCAGUUUGUGCUGGAGAAUCUAGCUCGGAAGCACUUAUUUCAUAUUCACUGGGUUUCGUGUCGCCACAGGAAUCCCCUCGCCUUAUAUGAAGUGCCACGUUGAAUGGUUCGUUGUGUUUGUUCAUACUACUUGUUGUCCCCACAUUUUUGCUUGAUGAUAAAGAUUCGUAGCCAUCCCUGCCUACACUCGCCAACUUUUCUUGAUAAAUCUUGUCGAGAAAAGGUCGUCGAUUGAACAUCAUGCGUACCAUGUGCGCAAACAUCAAGAGACUUCCAAGGGGAGAUAGCUGUCGUUCUGUUUGGGCAACGUCGGCAAAGUUACGAAAAUCUCCUGUUUCAGCUUUCUUCAGAUAUGGUUGAUGAUAAACUACAAAUUUCUUCAGCAAUUUGCGGAUUCGACGCUUGUCUGUGUCAUUUUUCAUUACGUCGUUAACCCAUUGAAUAGCCUCGUUUUCCACGACUGCGCCUUCCAAGUCUUCCGAAGCCUUCAAUCCUUGGUAGAAACACGACGAUCCACGAUAAUACUUUCGAAACUCAACAUUGCAGUCGGGGUACCAAGUCUCUUCGACGAAAAUGGACUCGCUGUUUGCAUCGAAUUUAUCCGGCAAAAUAUUGUGUUUUCGCCAGUAUUCCCAUACCUCGAUGGUGGAAUAUUGGAGGCUCUUCCCGAGCGGCAAUUUUGGCUCGGCAAAGAUUUUCCCAUCAAAGAUAGAUGCAGCCUUGAUUGCACGUCUCAUUUCUAGUCCGAUCCAAACUAGAGCAUUGCGAUAUUGUGGAUUUCGUGGUAGACAAGCGAUUGUGUUAAGACAAUCUAUCGAAACAACGUCGCAGUUACAAGUCGAAUGUGUGGGGGAAUUUAAAUUUAUGAACGUCAAAUCGAAUCCCAAUUGAUCAUCAAUAGGGAUGCCGUUUUCAACCGAAAACGAUCUAGUGAGGAUUUUUGCCAACCGUUUGAUAUCAAGAACAUCGCCGAUUCCAUCUUCAAAAUUUUUCGAUGUCGCAGGAGCUGACAUCGAAAUAUCAGGAACUUUGCCCUUGUAGGAGACACGACCGCCUUCUAUCGCGGGGCUUUGCCAAGCGUCGAGCGCGGGUGUGUCAUCUAUUUCUGCAGCGGAUAAUUUGUGGUCGGAAAUUAAUUGGAUAGCCACGUUCACGUUGGUGAAUAGAGCAUAGGCAAAGAGUAGAAUCGUCAAUGUUAACAAAGGGUUCUUCGGUCUCAUGUUCGCGAGCAAAUUGGAUCUUUUUGUGGUAGAUCAAGCUGUUCGGAUAUUUGUGUUGGAUAAAACUGCUCGACCUCUUUCCCCUACACUCGUUGCCCUAUGACUUGGCACGAGCUUUAUUGCCUGCAAGCAAGUUUUGUUGUGCUCAUUAUGACUUGUGUUCACUGUCGUCUUGGUCUUUGCCCAAACGAAAAUUCGCAGUGAGAAAAACUAAAGAUUACACAUACAG